UGGAUCAACACAUUUUAUAGCGUUGCUCCGGAAGCUUAGAGUCCAUUCGACACAUCUUAGUGAAGCAGAAAACUUGUCAAUAUGCAGUCUGGUGAAUGGAGAUAUGAUGCAAAUUGUAGCAACUAUAUUUCACAGCAUCAACCAUCAACAGCAUUCUGUAUUGACAAUAUACUUGGAAAACCUUCUGUGAGCACAGAACCGCAAAAUCCAGGCACCUCUUCACCAUAUAACAUGGAACAAGCAAGACUUCACAAUUCAUAUAGAACAGCAAGUUAUCCAUUGGUGUUACCACCAAGAGCUUACCACAAUCCUUUCAUUACCUACCAAAGACAUCAUCCCUAUGCAAUGCCAAUGACAUACAACAUACAAGCACCAAUGAUUCCCAGUAUUUAUGAUGCAUUUCAAGAUCCUAUGGGAUUGUGGAAUUCUUUACUGGACAGACAUCAACGAAAGAAAGGAGGUCAAGUUCGCUUUUCUAACGAGCAGACUGUCGAACUAGAAAAAACGUUCGAGAAACAGAAAUAUUUAUCGCCACCGGAGCGAAAGCAGAUCGCAAAGAUGCUACAGCUCUCCGAGAGACAAAUCAAAACUUGGUUUCAAAAUAGAAGAGCCAAAUGGCGACGUUUAAAACAAGAAGGAAAAACAAGUGAAGAGAUUGAUCAAAAUACAGUCGAAAACAAACAAAUCAUCGACGCAGAAAAAGAAGACGAUAAGAGAGACAACUAACUAGGGAAAAUGUUUUCGUAAAUAUACCAACGAAAGUACUGUUUUUUGUUAUUCUAAACAGAUCUUGAUUUCAAACCUGUUAAAAGCUUAGUAGUUUCGAUGUAUAAUACUUUGUGGACAGUGUAUAGUUAUGAAGGAGUUAUUCUUCGCUUACAACCAUACAAUACAUACGUUUCAAAGUGGGAUAGUAUAUUCCAUUAAAUGUUUUGGUCGAUUAGAUUUCGUACUGAUACGUGGAAACAUGAAGAACACUGUGUGAAUUCUAAUGUAUACGAUAAAAAGAACAUUUAGUACUAUUGAUGAGAUCAUCAGUCGUCCUUAAAAACAUUUCUUGGUUCUUAUACAAUGUUAAAGUGACGAAUGAGAUGAUUCUAUGGUAAUAAGGGUUAUCUUGAGUUUAUGAAACAACGAGCUGGUCUCUAUUGUCUUCAUAUUUGAUGAUGAAUUUUAUCGUUCAUCGUCGCUUUAGACCCCAAUGUAAAUAAUUGUUAAUUAAUUGUUACUUUUUUAUAUGUAUUUUAAUUUAUAUACUUUAUACAUUUGCUUUUGAAAUCAUUAAAAUAAUUUGUUGAUAUUAUGUGCAACCGACUGUCUAUACAAAGAGAAACGAAUAUGCGUGACAAGGAGAAUUCCAUUUCGCAAAAACAAAACAUUUUUGAAUCAAAA